GUCCCGAGCUUAACUCUCUCCGCGGAGCAGAGGGAGAGUGGACUGCUUCUGUCUGUCGAGACGAUGAGCUAGAGGAGCACAAGACUCGUCACGAAGUAUUUUAUAAACUGGAGAGCAAAUAGUCAAGAUGACGGCUAUCGAGAGUAAAGAGGAGAUCAGUGACACCGACAGUGGGAUUAUCUUGCACUCUGGUCCCGACAGCCCCACGUCCCCGGUGAAGGACCUGACCACUCACACCAGAGCCCUGAAGCUGAAGCACCAGUCUCUGGAGGAGCGUCUGGAGCUCUGCCUGCUGGAGCUGAGGAAGCUCUGUGUACGAGAGGCAGAGCUGACCGGUACACUGCCCUCAGACUAUCCUCUGAUGCCCGAGGAAAAGCCACCUCGGGUCCGAAGGAGGAUUGGAGCGUCCUUCAAGCUGGACGAAGGUCUGAUGCAUCUAGAUAAACAGGAUCCAGAGUUGCAAGCGCUGGAAACUGACUUGGCUCUUCGGCAGCAGAUUUACGAGGCGGCCCGCAAACUCUCGCUGGAGGAAAACCUCAGCAAACCGCAGAAGAAGAGCCGCCUGCAGCAGUGCAAGCGGGAGGAGAAGAAAGUGAAGAACAUGCAGGAGGCCGUGUUCCAGCACAGGAUCAAGAGCGAGUGCAACUCACCGUGCAUCAGCAUCUCCAGCAGUCAAAACAGAGGCGUGUGCGUGUCUGAUGACAGCUCCCUGUCUGAUGUGGUGGCCCUGGAUGAUGAUGUGGACUCGUCCAGCCCCCUCUCUCCUCCAGUGUUGGGCUCUUCCUGUUCAAACCCCCUCCAGCUGUCAGCCAAGACCCUGCAGUCAUCCCAGCAGUCGUCAAGCCAGCUCAGUGUGGAGUGCGAGCGCUCUCCCAUCCAGAAUUCUCCCUGGAAGGAGUCCAGUCUGGACCAGCCGUACCAGAGGGAAACAAAACCUCAGUCUGCCUGCAGCAGCAGGUCCAGUAGUCCAGCAGGGACCCAGGUGUCUAGAGAGAGCUGCAGGAUUCCUCUGUCUCAGUUCAUCAAGAACUCGGCCCUGCGUCACAACCACUCGACCAGCGCCCCCUCCACCCCGGAGCUGCACGUGCGUCGCCAGUAUUCCAAGUCCUUCAGACUUCCCAAAAAUAAGCUGUCCGCUGACACGGAGCGCCCCAGCUCAAACAGCCGAGGACGAGCCAGGCUGCCGCAGCGGCGCUGCGUGGCGGACUUGAUGGUGCGCUCUCCAGAGUACUCCCCCCUGCGUCCGUACCAGUCCAGCUCUGAGGACAGCAGCUCGGAGCAUUCGUCCUCCUCAUACAUCAGCUCUCCUGGCAGGGAUGGACCCACCGAGGUCCCAAAGCUUUGCCCGCCACCUUACGGAUUCCACUUUGGAGCACAGAAAAAAGGUCUCUCCAACUUCUCCAGCUCAAACAAGAACACCACCCAGCCUCAGCCCGGCACCGGCUCCAUCAAGGCCACAGCAGACGACGGCCCGCUCUCCCCUCAAGACCUGAACAUGGGCAAGUGCUUCCUGUCCUCCCAACCUGUGGCGCGCAGGCCUCAGCCAAGUCAGUGGCAGGAGGGAGCAUCGCCCCCAAUCAGAGUCCUAAAGCCCCCUCCGCCUUACACCAGGCUGGUGCGAACCCCAUCUCUGAAGGAGUACCCCAACCACGCUAUUAGGCUGAUGCCCAGGGAGAUCGUGUCAGAGGAGCUGAAGUCCUGGCAUCAGAGGAAUCAGAUGCAGAGAUUAUGCAGUGUGGAUGAGCAGAGUGUCAAAAGCCCCACUUCACCUCACCUGUAUCCAUUCAAACAGGGUUCGGGUAAUGUGAUUCUCCAGAGAGCUGCCGACGGGACUCCGGUCCAGUGGUUUGUGGCCGAGGAUGCUGAAAUCGUGAGCCAGGUGUAGCCGAGACCUCGGCUCCACCGCCGCAUCUCCGGCAGGAUGUACUGUACGCUAUUAAUUUCUAUUUAUCUCUGUAUUUAUUAAGUCGUCGGACUCUCUGUGAGAUUGUAUGUUGACAUGAUGCAGAAAACACGGACCUAUUGGUAACCACUCUCUUCUUUUAAUUUAAAACUUAAUGUAAGGUGGUAUGCCAGUUUUAUUUAUAUUUUAAAUUAUUUUCUAAACACAUGUUUAUUAAAUUGAGAAUGUGAAUUGCGGUUCAUAAAAUUCUUAGAAAUGGUGUCACAUGGAUUACAAACCAAAACAAUUUUUUGUGGCUGGCACACAUUUUGCUCAUAAAAUUCACCUAGUAGUUUUCAAAUGAGCUCCUCCAUUCCUAAUAUAAUUUUUAUGUUACUCUUUAUUUAUCUACUAUUUAAGUUUCCCUCCUGCAACAGAGAGACGUUUUACUGAAAUUUUGACACACCUUUGAAAAUGAAUUUAUAUAUAGUUGAAGUGUCUAGCCGUGACGUGAAGUAAGCUCAAUCUUAACGUUUGCUAGUGACUCUUAAAAAUUAAUCACUGAUGCCUGUAACGGUGGUUUGAUGAAUGUCUUCACUGCAAUAUGGUGUGUUUUUUACUAAC